AUGUUCUCCAUGCUUACAUGGUUGCUUCUUUUGGCAGUGGCGGUAGCGGCCUUCCUUGAUGUUGAAGAUGAUUUUAAAAACAAUGCAACUGCUAAAGUCUUACCAAACCGGAUGGUUGAUGAUGGAGUUUUCCAGCUAGGAGUGACUAAAGUUGCGGGAGUUCCAAAUGUUCGAAAACGACAAUCCAAGUCAAAUUUGGCCAACCCUUACAUUGGAGAUAUUUACAUGAUCACCGUGCAGAUUGGGUAUCCUCCGCAGUCUAUAACCUUCAGUAUCGAUACAGGAAGCAGUGAUGUUUGGGUGAAUCCACAGUGCGCUACCUCGGGGUGGGCAUCAUUUUGCGCCAGUUAUCCUCAGUACGAUCCUACGAAAUCUACCUCUUUCGUACCGUUGAGUCAAGCUUUGAAUAUAGCAUAUGGUAUCGGUGCAGUCACUGGAGCUUAUGCGACGGACAAUUUUAUGAUGGGGUCAGGUCCGACCCUUAAAAAACUUCAAUUUGGUGUUGCAUCAGGCAGUAAUCGAAUGUUUGCGGGUAUAAUGGGUGUAUCCUGGGGACUUGGCCUUGGAACUGGUUAUUACAAUAUUAUUGAUCAACUUGCCUUGCAAGGUCUGACAAAAACUCGUGCAUUUGCCAUAGACUUGGGCAAUGUCGAUACAGCUUCAGGCUCCAUUAUCUUUGGCGGUCUCGAUACAAAGAAGUACUACGGCUCACUGAUUAAAAAUCCCAUUAUACCAUUUUAUCAAAGUCCUGAUGGGUAUCCAAGAUAUUGGAUCAAUAUGACGUACUUUGGUAUUACAUUUCCAGGUCAACUACCGACGAAUUUGACAUCUACCGGUUAUGCGAAACCCGUCAUUGUUGACUCCGGAAGUACAUUGAGUUAUUUGCCACCUUCACUUGUCAACGCCAUGCUCCCUUAUUUUCCAGGAUGGGUCAGUAAAGGGGGUGGCCUAUAUACCAUACCUUGUAGCUUCCGAAAUAUUGCAGGGACGAUGGAUUUUGGAUUCGCAGGGCAGAUCAUCCGGAUCCAAUUAGCUCAAUUCAUAUGGUUCAAUGGUGCUACAUGCUAUGGACCUAUUGCUAAUGCCGCCGAAAAAACGGAUGUGAUUUUGGGAGAUACCUUCAUGAGAGGUGCUUAUGUGGUGUUUGAUCAGGACAACGCAAAUGUUCACAUUGCGCAGGCUGCGAGUUGCGGAUCAAAUAUUGUUCCCAUUACUUCGGGUACCGAUGGAGUUCCUUCAAUGACAGGAGGUUGCCCGAGUCCAGCAUUUUCUUAUGGAACAUCAUCUUAUACGGUCUAUCCAACUCCUUCGGUGAGAAUCUCGUCUUCUUCGUCCACAUCUUCUUCAUUCACAUCUUCUUCAAGAAGUUCCACAACCUCAUCUGCCUCCCUUCCUGCAUUGGCAAUUACUUCAACGACAUCUCCUCUCGCCACUUCAACAACUAGACCUUUAACCACUUCAUCCUCUACACCAACAGUUAGAUCUUCUACAUCCUCACCUCGCUCUUCAUCCUCUACAUCAGCAGGUAGAAUUUCAACCCUUCCAACUUCCUCUUCAUCAAAAAUCACUUCGGUGAGCUCUUCUACAUCAAACACUAAAUCUUCGUCCUCGUCGCUGGUGCCUGCCCUGAUUGGCUCUACGACUACGUCCACGACAUCUGCCAGAUCCUCUUCGUUUUCUUCCUCUCGUUUUUCAUCUUCAUCUAUAUCCUGCGGCAUCGGUUGUGGACCGACGACCACUGUGUAUAUUACCGUUACAAAGUCGGUCUGAAAGUGAUGU